UUCACCCUGUAAUCGACUCGUUGGGUGCCGGGUAAUAGCAAGCAGCAGCCAUUGUUUUUAAUGCUGGCCAACCUUAUUUAAUCGCAAGGUGAUCCGAUAAGACUCUGGCGCGGCACCGAUCUUGUGUCUCUACCUAAUGUGCCGCCCGCGCCCUUUGGCGUACACGUUUUGGCCGAAUUAACCUUUUGUCUAAAUUCAUGGGAAGACUUGGCCAAAUUUAGGGGAAAGAUUAACACGUUUGUUUGUAUUCUCUCUUCCCGAACAAACACAACUUGCACCAAACAAACACUUUGCUGGCAAAGAUGGGUUUGGUAUCCAGACCCAAGAUUAAAGAGAAUGGCAACGAGGGAACGAGUGUGGCAACUGCUUCUACAUCCACAGCUGAUGAUCGCCUGCAAAAGCUUAAAACCCUCACAAGGCACGAAUUAGCAGAGAGGAUCGCAGAGGGUGAAACGCUGGUACUACAUAGGAGAAGGAUUUAUAAAUUGGACAGGUGGCUUGCAAAUCAUCCUGGAGGUGAACUAGCAAUCCUACAUUUUGUAGGAAGGGAUGCAACAGACGAAAUUGAAGCAUAUCAUUGCGAUCAAACGUUAAAAAGGAUGCGUGGAUUUUGCAUAGCCAUGCUUGAUGAAUCUGAUUGGGAAGGAAAGGAUGGAGAAGGAUACAAACCGCUCGUUCCGCCUGUUCAAUUGGGUUACAGGUCAGGCAAAUUGGAUCAUCCCGAUGCACAAUGGACGGCGUGGAAAGCAUCUGAAGCAAUGCAACCAAAUCUAGAUGGAAUAGAAUCCAGGAACGUACCUUCUACUCGACCGCAAGGAUUCCCAUUGCCUCUUCAACUGUUAGAGCCACCAGCAGAUCCACCCGGUAUCAAUCCAGCACGAGAAAGGGCAAUCUCAGAAGACUAUCGCAAAAUGCAUGAUCAAGUCAAAGCUGCAGGGCUGUAUGACCUUCGACCGGCAGGGUAUAUGCGUGAAUGUUCUCGCUACGUCACCUUAGCCUUACUUGCCGCAUUCACCUGGUCGAAAUCAUACUAUUUGCUAUCUUCUUUCUUCCUCGGGCUUUUCUGGCAUCAGCUCACUUUCACAGCCCACGAUGCCGGUCACAGCGGUAUCACGCAUAGUCAUUUUUGGGAUCGCUUGAUCGGAAGUGUGAUUGCUGAUUAUAUUGGUGGAUUAUCGAUUGGGUGGUGGUGCGACAAUCACGAUGUGCAUCAUCUUGUCACAAAUCACCCCGAACACGACCCGGACAUUCAACAUAUGCCAUUCUUUGCAAUCAGUCCCAAAUUCUUGGUACAAAUAUCACCAAGCGGAUCCAAAGAGGAAGGUCAAUUCGGUCUUUGGUCAUCGUAUUAUCGUCGUGUGUUGGCAUACGAUCUACCUUCUCGGAUUUUCUUGACUGUCCAACAUAAGAUCUAUUAUGUGGUGAUGUCUUUGGGUCGAUUCAAUUUGUAUGCUAACUCUUAUGGCUUCUUGGCAUUGAAAGCUAGAAGGGACAAAUGGUUUUGGAUAGAGACAACAGGUUUGGUAUUCUUUUGGUAUUGGUUCGCCUACCUUUAUCUCGGUGCGAUGCCUGCUUGGUCAACACGAAUCGCUGCUCUUUUGAUCAGUCAUAUCGUCACGAGUCCGUUGCACGUUCAAAUUGUUCUUUCGCAUUUCGCUCAAUCUUCCGAAGAUCUUGGAUUGCGGGAAUGUUUUGCUUCCCGACAAAUUCGAACGACGAUGGAUGUUCUUUGUCCGACAUACCUUGACUUCUUACACGGUGGCCUGCAUAUGCAAGUAUCUCAUCAUUUAUUCCCACGGAUACCCAGACACAAUCUCCGCAAGGUGCGCGAUGAAUUCGUUAGACCUUUUGCGAAAAAGUGGGAUCUAUCCUAUGAAGAAUACACGUUCCAACAAGGAAAUGGAAAAGUGCUCAAAACUUUGGAACAUGUUGCUAAUCAAGUCAAGAUUCUUUCCAUGGUUGCAGGUGCCCAAGCAAGAGGAGAAAUUCAUCGUUAGGGUGCUCUUAUUUUUUGUAUAAUAUGAUAGAUUCCCCUGAACACAAUUUGCAUAAUUAUACACAUUUAUUUUCGUCACUUGUUGCAGAUAGCCGAGAUAUACAAAAAGGUGAUUCGUAAUGUAGCAAAGCGGAAAAAUUUAGAUGGGAUGUUAUCCUGAUUUUAUUCCUGUGGUACGAAAGGAUUUGAGAUUUGACCGAAUCCAUCGGCGGGAUUUAGAACGGUAAGAGCGGUUCCACGUAGAACUGCGAGACCUAAUGGUCUAGUCUUUUCGGUCAGAUCACCUGAUUCAGGAUCACGAAUAUAUUCCUCGACAUCAUCCAUGACCAAGUUCAUCAAUUGAUCGUAUCCUUUCAAAAUUCCAACCACUUCACGACCUCCGGUAAAUUUAACUCGAACUCGUUUAUCGACAUGUUUUGCAAGAUCCAAAAUUGCUUCUUUUUU